AUGGCUACAUCGGUAACACAUGACACGUCUACGGCACAUACGUCCAACGCCGAAGGUUUCACGUCCUUUGGAUUCCUCGACGACGCUCAGGAUGCACACGAAUCGUCCUUCGCACUCGGUAGCCUCUUUCACCGCGUCAAGUCAGCCUUCGCAGCCGGUCCCGCUGUCGAGGCAGACCCUACGCAUAGUACCUACGCCGAAAAUGUCGAUUCAGCUUCUCGUCAAAGCUCCGCCACCUAUUCCGCUAAAUCGACCGGCCGCCCACCAUCUCAAUCCUCCAUCAUUGGCUUUUCCCAACCCACUACAUCCCUGUCCCACCUUGCACCCCAAUACACAAGCGUUGCAGCACAUCGCCUAGCUUCAAUGCCGCAGUACAGAAAAGCAGCCAUCGCGCGUCCAUCAAAAGGGCUCAGCAACAUCGAAGAGUAUCCCGAGAGCAACCAAGCCGCUCAGCGCACCAAAUCUCCUCCAAAUCACCCCCAAGGCGCAGAAGCUGGUCCCUCGAGACCUCGCAACGAUCUGAUGAGUCCGAACCGCGCUCUUCAAGCUGCAGGUGCUCCGUCAACACAGACUUCUCGCUACACCGGCCUCCAUCCGUCUCACAGCUCCUCCUCGAUCACCACCUCGCGCUCUGCGUCAGGCAUCACAAGCAAUGCAAGUUCAUCCACCUCUCGUGGAUUGCCCCUCAUGCUUCGCAGCGUUGCUCCUGCACCCGCCAUCACCUUCACGUCCCCAGCCACAGCUAUCAAUGCUCGGUCUCAUAUCUUCAACGUUGCCGGCAGCUACACGGACGACCGUGAUUCUGUCAUCGCUGACGACGGCGAUAUGGACCCCGACUCGUCGCGCGACACACUAUACCUCUUACGCGGCGGCAUCGAUGGUGCAAUCGACCGUUCCCAUCUGGCAAAACACGGCUGGUCGGCUAUUCCGGGUUUCCCCCUCUCCAAAGAUAUCCUCGCCGACGACACCAAAUCGGUCCGCAGCACCUCCACACGCCUCUUCAGAACCGACACCAUCGAAGAUCACCUCCCCAAUCGCUCCGCGGCACAGAUCGGCCUUAAGACUAGUGCAGAUGCCAUCGAUCGGCGCAUGAGAGGCGAGGGUCUGAGCCGCAAAUUCUGGAUGGCCGACGAAAACGCAAAGGAAUGCCGCGAGUGUCUCUCCGUCUUCACCCCGUUUCGCCGCAAGCAUCACUGCCGCAUCUGUGGCCAGAUUUUCUGCGGAAGAUGUGCCGCGCACAUCAUCAAGGGAAGACGUUUCGACUUUGAGGGCAUGAUCCGCGUCUGCAACUUCUGCAAACGCAUGCUCGAAGAGUACGAUCGACAUGAGCGCGAGACCCGCCAUGAGCAGAAGCUCAACCCGGUCUCUCAGCGCGCGAGCAAGAAUCCGAAUCGCGUCCAGCCAGACAAGGACAUGAUUUCGGCUCCUCUCGAGGCGCAGAUAAAGAGUCCUCAAUCUCAAUUUGCGGCCAAUCACCUCUUCGCCAGCGCUUCUGCGGGUCCCUCAGCGUUCAGCGCGGGCACGCAUUCAAGUCUCUCUGGGCCUUUUGGCUUGACACAUACAGACUCGGUAGCCGCAGCCGGUAUGCGUAGCAAGACAAAUCAAGCCAAUGAUGCCGAAACGUCAGAGCGUUCACGCAAGAAGAAAGCAGAUGCUGUUCCCGUCGCGCCCUUUCGCAAAGGCGCCGACGACGAGGAAUUGGCUCCCGUUCGUCCCGAUCCCGAAGAUGACGAAGCGGCCGUCUCCCAGCUUGAUCCGGCUCUUGCGAAUGCGCCUACCACUCCAGCGCCCCAUCGACAGCCAUCCAGUGUCCAUGGUCUAGAGGAAAUCGUGUCGCCGUCCUCAAACUCACCAGACGCUGACAGAAGAGGAGCUUCUGCAGCCACCAAGAACAAACGCAACCCCAUGUCAGUUGCCUUCCCUUCCACGGAUGUCACUGACCACGAAAUGCCUUCUGCAAUCCAGUCGACUUCCGACUACCCGCGUCUUCGUUUGGUCAGCGAGACAACACGUCCUGUCGCACGUUCGCGCAUGCGCUCGCUCCGUACCAUCGCAUCGCUCGAUCCUUCGAAGGCUACCGCUCUGAUCCGCUCCCAUUUCCACGACAAUGGUCGUACCGAGUCGCCCGUUCCGCCUGUGUUGCAGAUACACCCAGACGAGCAUGAUGACGCCCUCAACGUCCGCAACGAGACGCCCGAUAUAUACCGCGAGCUCCGUAUUUGCGCUGAUGGUAUCACGCCAGCACUCUUGGAGGCUUCCAUCACCCAUCGCGCUCUCGAUCAUCUGCGAAAGAUGAUGGAGCAGACUUUGUCGCAGUCUGGCAUUCACAACGUGCGCAAGUGGUCCGAUGUUCUUCUGCCCUUCGUUCUGACCACCAUCUCCCGUGUCAAGCCCGAUGCCCGCGAAGAUCAGAGCCGCGACAUCCGCGAGUUUGUCAAGAUCAAGCGCAUCCCGGGCGGUAAGCCAGACGACUCCGAGUACGUUGACGGCUACGUCUGCACCAAGCACGUGGCAACCAAGCGCAUGGCUGCCUCGAUUCCCCUCACCAGCGCUCGAAUCAUUGUCAUCCGUUUCCCGCUCGACUACCAUCGUGGACCUAAUCAGUUCAUGUCGCUCGAGCCACUCAUAGCACAGGAGCACGAAUUCAUCCGCAUUCUUGUGGCCCGCAUCAUUGCGCUACGACCGCAGAUUGUUGUCGUCGAAAAGGGGGUCUCGCGUACAGCUCUAGAGCUGCUCGAAAAGGAAGGCAUUGUUGUCGUGUGGAGCGUCAAGGCCGAUGCCAUUCGCGCCAUCAGCCGAUGCACGCAGGCCGACAUCAUUACCUCGAUCGACCGUCUGGCUCUCGAUCCACGCGUUGGCCGGUGUCGCUACUUCAACGUCGAAACUUUCCAGCACGCUUCUAGGCCGGAAUGGAGAAAGAGCUUCAUGCGAUUCGAAGGUACACCCAAGCAGCUCGGCUGUACGAUCGUAUUGCGGGGAGCCGAUGGUGUAAAGCUCAGCCAUGUCAAGAAGAUUUUGACCUUGAUGAUCUUCGUCGCGUACAACCUGCGUCUUGAGGGUCACGUCAUGGCGGACGAGGGUGCUGCUAUGGAGACGAUCUACUCGGAUAGCAGCCCACUGAAUGGCUCGCUCCCGUGUGGUACUGUCGAGGCAGGGACUUCCAACAGCGCCGCGGACGAGCUCAAAUGCCUGCAGCACGGAAGCGAGCUUGAACUCGGCAAUGAGCCAUCGAGUCAGCUUGGGCGUAUCAGUGACAACAAGACGUUUGUGCUGCAGUCGCGUACCCGAAUUCUUCGAGCUCUUAGCAUCUACGAGACGACGCUCAUCACCUCGUCCGUCUGCAUACAUAUCCCGGCCCCGUUUAUCAUCUUGCAGCUCAAGCGUGUCAACGACCGACUCAUGGAGUUGCUCGGCCAUCAAGAAGCCGAAGAGCUGCAGAGGAUCCUCAAGGACGAGGGUAAGCUUCAAGACAGAGCUGCCUCACCGCCAGCUUCCAUGACAGAAUUGCUGGAUGACGCUGAUGAGAAUGACAAGGAUGACAUGCCUACGCCCACAGUGAAGCCUCGCACAACGUCAUUGAACGAAGACGCAACUGCAAUUGUCACGACUCCGCUCGAGUCGCCUUCCACUGGUGACAUUACACCCGUCUACGAGACGCCAAGCACGCGCACUCACGAAACUAUCGUCGAAGAAGGCGAGGAGAGCAGCUCAGAUGCAGCGCCUUCAUCGCCUCGUCCGGAAACGCCGCAGCCGAAUAUCAGAUCGGUUGCUACAGAGCAGCCAGCCUCUCAGGCCACCGAAGUAGGAAAGGUUGAACCAGUGUCUUCGACUUUCUCGCGCCGAGAUGGCAGCGAUGCCACCGUGAUGAUUGAGACCGCGAGUCCCUUUGUCAGCGGGCCAAACACCACCACGCCUACACCGCGACCAUCAUCGCCCGCUCUCACUCGAGUGAAGGAGCCAGGUAGCGCAUUGGCAAUGGCUUCUGAACUUCGGAACUGUGCUGCUUCUCCCGAUGCCACGAUGAGCAGGUCUGUCUCAGCUCCUGUCUCGGAAGUGCCAACACGGACCACAUCGCCCGGCCCCGGCUCUAUCCUUACCCAUUUGAGCCAAGGCUCGACAUCGACAAUCGCUCCGAGCUCCGCAUCCUUGCUCAACACGGUCAAACACGAGGCGCAGCCCGUCUUUGAUCUUUUUUCGCUCCUCAAAGCGCCGUCUCAGAUUGCCAAGGAGUCUGAGUUCGCCAUCACCGUCACGAGGCAUCGGGCCUCUCUCAUGGAAUGGGGCGCAUACCUCGACGUCCAGCCCGAUACAGUCUCGCCUUUCAAUCACAAGCGCAUCCAGAUCAUCGUAACGCGCCACUGCACCCUAACGCCGCGUCCGUGCGAAGGACCUAGCUUGGCGUCGAUCGAGUUCUAUGGAGAGCACGAUGAAACAUUGGGCGAGCAUAUCGAGCGUCUCGCAGCUAGCAGCGCCAGCGCCAAAGGAUGCGCCACCAAAGGUUGUGGCAAGAACAAUGUUCUUCACUACAACACCUUCGUUCACAAUCGCAUUCGCAUCCAAGUGGUGCUCGAGAGAUUCGUCUGCCCGCUUCCGAACGAAGAGAACCGACUGCUCAGUUGGAGCUACUGCAAGGUGUGCGAAAAUGCUACACCCGUCGCACUCGUCACGGCAGAGACGUGGAGUUUCAGCUUUGCCAAAUACCUCGAGCUGUACUUCUACCGCCACGACCACUGCAAGACUCAACUUUGCGAACACGACUUUUACCGGGACCAGGUGCGCUACUUUGCUUACCAGAACAUGGCGGUGCGUUUCCAUUCCGAAGAAAUCGACAACCUGUUCGAAGUUACCAUGCCGCAUUUCAAGCUGUUCAUCGAUCCAUCGGUGCAGUGCAACAUCAAGAAUGAGGAGACGGCUGCCUUUGUGCGCAAGAGUCAGGCGUAUUGGGAUAGCGUCAUGGCGCGUAUUCGCGCGCUCGGUAACGACGCCUGCUCGGACGCGGCUGGAAUCAAUCGCGAAAAGAACCGAGCCAUCAUCUCAGAGAUGAUCCGUCGCUGUGAGCUCGAUCGUCGAGACGUGGAGGCGCUUGUGGCUGAACUAUACGAGUUUAGUCCAGCUACCGAUGUGCUCUGCCUAAACCAAGCGCGAAGGAUGCUUCAAGAAAAGGUAGUGAAGUGGGAUGUCGAUUUUAUCGAUUUUGAGAAGAACUGCAUCCCAUCCGAAAAGGACAUUCGACGCAUCACCACAACCCAUCUCAAGCGACUCUUCUCGGAAAAGGAUCCAUCCGAAGCAGCGCGUUCCGACACGAUUUCGAGCGUUCUCCCACCUGCUGCUGAGAUUGACGAGAGCUCGACAGAUGCCGCCGACGGAAAAUUCAAAGAACGUGAAUCAGGGCCUUCAACUCCCGCUGGUGACAUGGGCAGGAGCAAUACAAGUUCGCAAGCCAUGGAUAUCCUCUCGUUGACCGGCGCCGAUCUCUCCGUCGUACCGAUGCUAUCCGAUCUUGUGACGCAUACGGUGGAGACGCCGACGAGUGAAGUGCCACCGAGCAUCGCUUCCACGACCGAGCUCGUCGCUGCCAACGAGGUGGGCAGGGACAACGCAGCCCUGGCGUCAGAGCCCGUGCCACGAUCCAAGACCACACCCAUGCAGCUCAACAAGAUUGGCCGGGUCGAUACCACUAGAUACCGCGAUGGCAACUUUGAUGACGAAACGGAUGCAGCAGACCUCUCCCCCGUUGAGGUGCGGCCCAUGAUCAGUCGACGUGCGUUGUCCAAUCCGGUAACCGCCCCGACUUCGCCCACGUACAACAAAUCUCGAAGUGCGUUCGAGUCGGCCGGGUUCUUACGGGCGGACGAAAGCUCGUGUACGGAGAGUGAGCUAGCUGGAUCGAUGUCGGGUAUGGCUCGACGGCUUGACAAUCCAAGACGGUAUACCACGGGCGCGCCUCCUGCCGGUGCCGGUGCUGGUGCAGGAGCCGCAACAUCUAGCGCUGCUGAUCUGGUUUGCGUUCGCAGCGGAGGCAACGGCUCGAUCCGACGUCCAAAUCUGCGUCGCGGCAAGACUGAAGAGGUGGUAACUACGCACGCCAAGGAGCUGUCAAGGAGCCGAAAGAGUUCAGCUACGUUCGAACAAGGUGCAGACUCGAAUGCCAAUUCGCCUGUAACGACUCCAGGAGUAGGCGGCCGCUCUAGUCGUCUGCCACGAGCUAAGCGCAAUGACAGCUCCACUUCGACGGCAACUGUCGGACGCCGAAGUGGCUCCGCAACACCGAACAGGGGUGCACUACCUCCACCACCUUCCAGCUACCGACCGCCAAAGGGCGAAGGACUGAAAGCUGGACCGCGUCCCAUCAUCGGGAGGUCCAGUGCGUCUGCAGCAGCAGCAGCUGCCGCUGCAUUGGCUGCGGCGACGUCGGCCACAUUAGGCGCACCAGGCAACCGAAGCCAGAGCGGCACGUAUCAGUCGGACGUGCCCAGCAGCAGUCGAAACGCCGGGUCCGCGAUUGGUAGUCGCGUGCCUGUUGCGCGAAGGAGCGAACAUGGGCCCGGGACACGUAGCCGUGUGUCGACGAUUGCAAAGCACUUUGAUCGCAUCAGCAAAGAGGCAGAGCGCGAGCGCGAGCGACAACAUCGUCUCCUGCUAGCACAGCGUGCAAAGCGAGCUCGGCCGGUUGCCAUGACGCGUGCCAGGGUUGAGGUUUUCAGCAGCGUGCGAGAGGCGGUGCGAGACGAUGAGAGCGAGGCAGAUUCUGCUGCAGAGAGUAGCAACGAUGAUGGCGCCUCGGUUGCCGAUGACGAAAGCGAGGAUGAUGACGACGACGACUCUGACGAAGAUGUGCCUGGAGAGCCGACGAGCUUCGAAGCCAAGCAUGGUCUUUCAACGCCAUCGGGACAUCAGUCUCAGAGUCAAAGAAAUGGCAAGCAGCGGAAAUCGAGUCGCCCCGAGGCUGCAGGUAAGCAGCCCGACCUGCGCACCCUGGAACAGGAACGCGCCGAUGCAGUCAAGAGGGCCGCUGCGAUGAAACGGGAAGCCCGCACCAACCCUGACGAAGAGCGGCAACAAUCAGUGACCAUCAAAGAUGGAGCCGCAGUGGCACCAUCAAAGGAGGCGGCAAGUGCGAAUGCCGAUCAUUCUGCCUCGGCAAACACUACGGCAACGGCAAUCGCAGCAACACCUUCGUCGCAAGUGGAUGACGCUUGCACCAUCGCGAGCCAAGACACAGGUCGGGUAGCAAACUUGUCGCCACCCGCGUUAGCAAGCGAACUUGAAUCGGAUGCACAGUCGAUUGCUGCGUCGUCUCUAGCGAUGACCAACAACAGCACACAAAUGACUCUGCCUUCGUACCUGCGCAGUGGCUUUACGUCUGAUUCCGACUCGAUGCCAAGCCUCGAGAAGAGCUUCUUGAAGACCUUGUCGGGCUUCUGGGCUUUCCGCACAGGCGAGAUGGUGCCAUUGGAGUAUCCGAUGCUCAACUCGGAGCACGUUUUCGCCGACUCAGACAUCAUCUUUCGUGAGGACGAGCCGACGUCGAUCGUCGCAUUCACGCUCAGCUCGAUGCAAUACAAGGAGCGACUCAAGGGAAUGCGCAACGAAGCGCCACGCAUCCGGGAAAAGGAGGAGGCUUUCAUGCCUGGCAAUGCGAGCAACGCUGGUCCUGUCGAUAGCUGGAGCGUCCUCGAGCUCGAGACGAACGAGCUCGAGAGCACGCUCAAAAAGGAGGGACGCCAUUUCCGCUGUGAAUUUGAGUCCGGCUCGACACGGCUCUGGUGCAAGAUCCUGUUUGCGGAGCAAUUUGAUGCGCUUCGACGGACAUGCGGAUGUGAUGUGUCGGUUGUUGAAUCACUUUCGCGGUGUUUCAAGUGGGACUCUUCGGGUGGCAAGUCAGGCUCGGCGUUUCUCAAGACACGCGACAAUCGACUGGUGGUCAAGCAGCUAUCGCGCUUCGAGAUGGACGCCUUCUCGAAAUUUGCACCGCAGUACUUUGCGUAUAUGUCGCAGUGCAUAUCGCGUGGACGCCGGACGGCGUUGGCCAAGAUAUUUGGCUGCUUCCGCAUCGGCUUCCGCAAUCCGCAGACGGGCAAGAGCCUCAAACUAGACUGUUUUGUGAUGGAGAAUCUGUUCUAUGGGCUCGAAGGGAUACGGUCGUACGAUCUCAAGGGCAGCACGCGCAAUCGAUACGUACAAGAGACGGGUAAGGACAACGAGGUACUGCUCGACGAGAACCUGAUUGAAACCAGCCAUCUGAAUCCGAUUUUCAUCCGCGAGCACUCCAAGAAGCUGCUGCGCGCGAGUCUGUACAACGACUCACUGUUCUUGGCGGAUAUGAACGUGAUGGAUUACUCGCUGAUGGUGGGCGUCGACCGACAGAGCAAACAACUGGUGGUGGGAAUCAUUGAUUUUGUGAGGACAUAUACGUGGGACAAGAGGGUGGAAAGCUUUGUUAAGGAGACCGCACUGUUGGGCGGCGCAGGCAAGGGCGAGCCAACCAUCAUUACGCCUCCAGACUACAGGACGAGGUUCUUGACGUUUAUAGAUAAGGCGCUGCUGCUGAUGCCUGAUCACUGGGUGGAGGACUGGGCGCUCUGA